CAGUCGGCCCCCUGGGAAGGUACAUAUCUGUGAGGAGCUGCCCGCCCGCCCGCACUCCGCCGGCGCCGUCCCGCUCGGAUCUCGGAGCAGCCCCGCACCGCCUCGGGGCCGCGCCACGGUCUCGGACUCCAUCGGGGCUGUCCCGCAACUUCCCAAGUUCUGCUUUCUGGUGCAGUUCGCGCGGGGACGCGCCUUAGCCCACCGCCGCCAUGGAUGCCAUCAAGAAGAAGAUGCAGAUGCUGAAGCUGGACAAGGAGAACGCCUUGGACAGAGCCGAGCAAGCCGAAGCAGACAAGAAGGCAGCAGAGGAGAGAAGCAAGCAGUUAGAGGAUGACAUUGUGCAAUUGGAAAAGCAAUUGCAUGUGACGGAGGAUGCAAGGGACCAAGUGCUGGAAGAGCUGCACAAGUCAGAGGAUAGUCUCCUCUCCGCAGAGGAGAAAGCUGCCAAGCUGGAGGACGAGCUGUUGGCUCUGCAAAAGAAGCUGAAGGGCACUGAGGAUGAGCUGGACAAAUACUCCGAGUCCCUUAAAGAUGCACAAGAAAAGUUGGAACUGGCUGACAAAAAGGCCACAGAUGCUGAGAGCGAUGUAGCUUCUCUGAACAGACGCAUCCAGCUGGUUGAGGAAGAGUUGGAUCGGGCUCAGGAGCGCUUGGCUACUGCCCUGCAGAAGCUGGAGGAGGCUGAGAAGGCUGCAGAUGAGAGUGAAAGAGGAAUGAAGGUCAUUGAAAAUAGAGCCCAAAAGGAUGAAGAGAAGAUGGAAAUCCAAGAGAUCCAGCUUAAAGAGGCUAAGCACAUUGCUGAAGAGGCUGACCGCAAGUAUGAAGAGGUGGCUCGUAAGCUUGUGAUCAUUGAGAGUGACCUGGAGCGGGCUGAGGAGCGUGCUGAACUAUCAGAAAGCAAAUGUGCUGAGCUUGAAGAGGAGUUGAAAACUGUGACCAACAACCUGAAGUCGCUGGAGGCUCAGGCUGAGAAGUACUCACAGAAAGAAGACAAAUAUGAGGAGGAGAUUAAAGUCCUGACUGACAAACUGAAGGAGGCUGAGACCCGUGCUGAAUUUGCUGAGAGGUCAGUAACCAAGCUGGAGAAGAGCAUUGAUGAUCUAGAAGAGAAAGUGGCGCAUGCCAAAGAAGAAAACCUUAGUAUGCAUCAGAUGCUGGAUCAAACUUUACUGGAGUUAAACAACAUGUGAAAACCUUCUUAGCAGCAACCACAUGAUUUGUUUAUUAUUUUUACACCUGCUUGCCGUGAACCCCCAUAAAUGUGUCUUUUUUUUGUUUGUUUUUUCACCACAGUCACAAGAACAUCUGCUAAAUUAUCAGGCAGGGGUCAGGGAAACACCAAAAUGGGCAAGCCAGAUGCGGGUUAAACUAUACUACAUUAUGGUUUAAAUGUGCCAUUUCCCAACCAAAAUGUUACCUACACUUUGUAGAGAGUUCACCAGCUCAAUAUGCUUACUAGUCUUUUGAAGAAUCCUGGCUGUGACAGAAAGUGUACCUCCUCAAGUGCCAACUACAGCUUAUGACAAGAAUGAUGUAUGUUCCAGAGAGAUCAGGUGGAAAUGGUGCUAUUUUGAACAAAAGGUUCUACUGAAGCCUUUUGUUUCAUAUCAGACAAGUCAGGAGUUGUCCAGCACAGUAAUUUAUUUUUAUCAGAAUUCUGUUGAUCUGUGAGGAUUUGGACUUUCUGUGCCUUCUGAUUCAAUAACACAAAGGUAUGUGAGCAACAGAGACAAGUGAAGGCUUCCAGAGUUCUUAAUAUUGACUUCUUGCAACUCAAUACAGAAGUGUAGGUCAGCAUUUCACCUUGAGUUUUCAUGCGAUUGUAUUUUUCAUGUUGAAAUGAAAGAUUCAAUAAAUUCAGGGGAAACCAUAAAUUUGGAAAAGAUUGUUUCAAAAAUGUAUUUUAUUUGUGUGUGUUUUGGGGAGGGGGAGGACUUUAUAAACCGAUAUUCGCCUCACUUUUUUUCACACUUUCUUUGAGCAGUUUUAAAAGUAUACCUGUAUGUAAACAUUGUAUAAUGAUAUGGAAUAAAAUGCACAUUUUAGGACAUUUUUUAAA